AAUUUCAGUAUUUCAGUAUGUGGGCGUUGUCCAGAUCGCAAUGUUCAGCUUAUUAACGCCUAUCGCAGUGCUCGCCAGCCUGCUUGUUAUCUGCUCCAACUCCGCAUCCGCGAGGUUGCUAAACAACGACUGCGGAGCCAGUUACCAGCAAUCAUUGGUGGGUCCCUGGACAGCCUUGUUGCACGAAAACGGGAAAAUUUUUUGUGCCGGAACCCUGAUCACUAAAUCCUUUAUACUGACUGCUGCGAACUGCAUUAAAAGUGACACCAUCGUAAAGGUUCGCUUGGGGGAGUACGGUAGGAACCAGAUUGAGUUGGCGGAAGAUCAUUUGGUGGACUUUUCUCUCAGGUAUCGAUACUAUAGCAACGACUCGCAUGGCAAUGACAUCGGCCUGCUGAAACUGACCAAGGAAGUGCAGUUUAAAACAUACUUAAGGCCGAUCUGCAUUAUCCUGGACUCAAGUAAUAAGCCGAAAGUGAAUCAAUUCAUUGGCACCGCCUGGCGGCAAAUAAAUGAUAAUAAUAUGUACGGAACCAGGGAGCUUGGGCUCAUACGCAUAGAACGUAAGCCCCAGGACUGCGAGGAGAUAGAUUUGUACACCCAGUUCUGUGCUGGAAGCUCUGGGAAUUCACAAUCCUGCGACGGACUCUCUGGCUCGCCACUGAUCCAAAACCAUAUUUAUGAAAAUCAAAAUAGGUUUGUCCAGCUCGGCAUCUCGACUUUGAGCGAUAUGGACUGUCGGGGGGCACAGGGUUAUACCGAAGUGAUGCAUUUUUACUGGUGGAUUGAGGAUGUGGUGGCCCUGUUCGAAGGUGCUGAAGCUUAUAGGCCAAGGAAAAGCUUUAGUGCAAGUGCCACAAGUACAAGGAUUUAUCCGAAGUCCAUAUAACAAUCUGGACCAUUAAAUUAAGUUAUUACUUAAUAAAAAGCUCUGCAAGAACACUA